AACAUGUCGGACCCAGUGAGGCUGUUUAGUGCGAAAAUGAUGCGAGAAAAACUUAGUGCCUGGGAGCAAAAGAGCGACCCAAAAGCGCCCUUAAGUGACGUUCAGAAAGACAGUUUCAUGGAGCUUACAUCCAAUGUCUCCAAUAGGCCGUUGCCCAUUGAGCUGCCUUUGGAUGAGCCAGGAAGUUUUUCCCAGCAACUGUCCAUGCCUACUGUGCAGAUUCCAACAGCUGGUGAUAAUGCGUUGUCCAAAGGCUUUGAGGCACUAGGGAUGAAGGGUGACAAGAUAGAGAACGCCCAGCAGUUUUUUGCCUGGUUUAACAAAGUGGAGAGUCAGAUGGACCAUGAUGAGGAGAUAUCAUACAGGCAUUACUGUGACCAGCUGAAGGAGUACAGAGACCAGUGCGAGUCGGUCCUGAACGAAGUGUCCGACGCGCUGACCAAUCUGGAGGACUUGCAGAAGCAGUAUGUCCACGUGUCCACCAAGACCAACGCCCUGCACGAGGCCUGUGAAGAGUCGCUGCAGGACCAGACUACGCUUGUAAACAAGGCAGAAGCCAUCAGCAGUAGGUUGUCGUAUUUCAACGAACUGGAGAGAAUAAAUCAGAAGCUCAGUUCACCCACAUUCUCUGUCACCAGUGAGUCUUUUGUCCCCAUGCUGUCUAAGCUGGAUGAGUGCAUUGCCCACAUCACUGUCAAUAAGUCUGGAGACACAGAUUCUGAACACAGUGAAGAAUACAAGCCCCACUAUAAGGAGUCGGAUGUUUACCAGGCCAAGUUCAAGCAUUGCCUCACCAAGGCCUUGAGCGCAGUCAGGACCUCGGUCUUCAACAUCCUGCAGAAUGCCACACAGCAGGUGCUUCCUAAGAAGGAUUUGACUGCUGAGUCAUCAGAAAAUGCCUUCACGCUAUUUUACGGCAAGUUCCGGAGUCAGGCACCCAAGGUGAAAGGAAUGAUGGAACAGACAGAACAGCGACUGGACAAAAGCUCAGAGUACCAGACCUUGUUAGAUGACUGUCACCAAUAUUAUCUCAACCAGCGACAGCAACUCCUAGCACCCAGCAUCACAGCAGCUGUCAGUGAGUUAGCAACCAAGCAUGUCAGGGACCACUGUGCCCUGGUUCGCAGUGGCUGUGCCUUCAUGGUGCAUGUUUGUGAAGACGAGUACCAGCUGUUUUUCCACUUCUUCUCAAGGCCGACUGACAAACUUGAUACCAUGCUGGAAGGCCUGUGCAUGAGUCUCUAUGAUGUUCUGAGACCUUUGAUCAUCCACAUCAAUCACCUCGAGACACUCGCCGAGCUCUGCAGCAUCCUCCAGAUAGAGAUGCUCCAAGACCACGUUCUGACCAAUCCCGAUGAACUGAAAGCAUUUGAGACAGUGAAUCGUCAGAUGUUGGAAGAUGUGCAGAUGAGGUUGGUGUACCGGGCCAGCAUCUAUGUACAGACAGACAUACUGAAUUACAAGCCGGCACCGGGUGACCUGGCCUACCCGGAGAAGCUGGAAAUGAUGGAGAGCAUCUCGGAAAGCCUGAAAGAGAAGGAACACGAGAAGGCCCAGUCCCGGAGAGGCUCGGGAGACUCCCUAAGCUCCUCAAUCAGUCAGGAGGUAGCCACCCUCAGCGGAGGCACACCAGAGGGUGCCCCACCAGACAGGAACGACUCACCUGAAGGGGAGGGGGAAAGUGGAACACUGCCCCCAAAACCUGUCGGGCGCACUGUGAUUCAGCCAAGCCAGCCUUCCACCAAUCUCUCGCCAGCUGACCUCCACGGGAUGUGGUACCCCACCGUCAGGAGAACCCUGGUCUGUCUAUCCAAGCUCUACAGGUGUAUCGAUAAAGCAAUAUUUCAAGGUCUAUCCCAGGAGACACUGCUGUCUUGCAUCCAGAGUCUGGUGACAGCUGAACAGGGCAUUGUCAAGCGUCAGACGGAACUUGAUGGAAUGCUUUUCCUCAUCAAGCACUUACUGAUCUUAAGGGAACAGAUUGCUCCAUUUCAAGUGGAAUUUUCCAUCAAGGAAACAGCACUAGAUUUCUCCACUAUGAAAGUCGCUGCUUACAGUUUUUUGAGUAAGCGAUCUCGGAUAUUUUCGCUUAGCAGCAACAAUGCAUUCCUGGAAUUCCUUUUUGAGGGUGCGCCCAACGUGACAGAACAUUUCCUGGACUCCAAGAAGGACGUAGACACGCAGCUGAAAAAGACCUGUGAGCAGUUCAUCAAGCAUGUCACCGACACGCUUAUACCUGAACUCAAUUCCUUCUUAACAAAGGCAACUGUGAUCAUAGACAUGAACAAGGAAUCUGAGGCAGCACAGGUGUCAUUAAGAAAACAACCCUUUGCGACUGCAGAGAAAGUGCAUGAAGUGGUGAGCGCCACCUACAGGCAGGUCAAGUCCAGGCUGCCGUCUGUGUUCAGGAAGAUGUCGCUCUACCUGGCCAAUAAGGACACAGAGUACAUACUCUUCAGACCUGUCAAGAGUAACGUGCAGCAGGCUUACCAGCAGUUUGAGGGCCUUGUCAAGGAGAAUUACCCCGAGGAGGACCAGCAGAUCAUCGGCUGCCCCACCAUGGAACAGGUGAAUCUCCUUCUUUCAACCGCAUCCUGAAAGCACCUUUUCUUCCUGAUGCCACCACCCCUCCGGCUGACAGUCUCAGAACCUCCUCUGCCAAGUCUAGCCUCAUUGAGGCUCCCCUCCCCUCUGUCCACCUGGACCUCCGCUGGAGCCAUGCCAAUUAAUUCACUGAAAUACUGGCAUCCUUGUGAGGACUGAAGGCACCCGAGUACCCAUUUGCAUCAAACAAGGCUGUUGAUUUGUAUAAGAUCAAGAGUCUGCCGGAACGCAAGGCAGGUUUUGUGUUGCCUGAUUUUGCCUGGAAGUUUUCUAGGAGGUUACUCAUUUAAUGCAUUCUGAAAAUGUCCAAGGUUGGCCUUCCUGUUUGUCCAUGACCAGUACGUUUUUUUACACUUCUGAAAUUGUGGCACAAUCCUCACAACUACAUCUUGGGCACUUUGUACUUUGUUUUCUGCAUGCCCCACACCUGCCGAAAUGUUGUUGAAGAAGACGCCUUGUCCUGUCUCAGUUUGUAGUCAUUGAAUCCUGCCCCUGGAACUUUGUUUUGCCCUCCUCGCUUGUUCUCAACAAGCGCUGAGAAGACACUGGUUAUAUUAUCACCUCACCGAAGGACAAACCUUUGUGGAUAAUAAAAUGUGACAUUGGCCUGAUCAAAAGGACUUUCAAUCUGCUGAUCAGUCUGAGAUCAUGAGAUUAGCUCUUUGUUCACAUGAUAUCUAGGCCAGAUAAUUAGUUGUCAAAGCUUUUUGCAGUCAUGUUACUAGUCAUUAAUUAUUCAUACGAGUAGAUUUUCAGUUUUUGAGCUGAAAUCAGAAGUAAACAGUGCAGAAAAAUCCAAUGAAAAUUUGAUUUUUCUUCAAUUUUUAGGAGCCUUUUUGUCACCCUUUCCCUUUUUUUGCUGCCACAGUGAUGUAACCAAAUGCAUUUUAGAAAUUCAACUGAGAUGUCGUCAGGAUGAAUUACUUUAAAACAAAACCAGACAACCCAAGUAAAAUUUUGACUUGAAAAACAAUUGUUUUGUAACUUGUGGGCUGGUCAUCCUAAGACAUUAUUCGCCUUCGGAUGAGAGGGUUAUACAUGUAGUGCAGUGCUUACCUGUUUUAAAAAUCAGAUCUUAAGAUUGGUUCUCCAUACUUGUUGGCCAUCACUUAGGCCUCCAAGGUAGAUACUGUUGAUAUGACUAUUGCAAUGCUGCCACAAAGCUUUGGAUCAAAGCCAGUCCCAGGCACUUGUUUGGGGGGGGGGAAUUGAUGUUUGACAAGUGCAUGUUAUCAUAAUUAUCACUCAAAUAUGACCGAAGACUUACCAGAGGAAGUGAAGAUGCUUGGCUGUACUGCUGUAUGGAGGGCUUUACGGUGGAUGCAGUUGACUGUCAACACCCAAAUAGUGGCCCAUGGAAUGGGUGUUCAACAGCUCAGCUGAGUUCUAACACUCUCAAGCUCAUUUUCUUUGAGCUUGCAGAUUUUUGUUUUAUAAAAGCCGAGGCAUUUAGUGCCUCACCCAGAGGAAAAAAACGUUGUCAAAAACAGCUUGAUAGUCAUUCUUAAAACAGUUUACUGACCUUAAAUUAAAUGACAGACAUGUACAUGUAAUCGUGGUGCUUCCUAUGAUAUGUUUUGCCGAAGCAUUUUGACUUGAAACAAUUAUUCCUCCCCCCCUCCCCUCGCUAAAAACAAGUUCCCCUAAUGCGGGGCUCACCCCUCUCUGUUUACACUGUAUUAGCCCCGUCAUUUACGGUUUCCUCGGCAACGGGAGGCAAUCAGUUGCCAGACGUGCUCCAGCCAAGAAAUAUGUCGAUUUUUUUUCUCCAUUCUGGUCUGCCGUUGUGAGUGCUCGCGUGGGUAAUUACUGUUUGGGCAAUAUUAAGUGGUUGGUGGAUGACCAACUCUUGCUGACCGACACGAUCUCAAAGAUACAGCACAGACCUUAAUUCAUCCUACAGUCAUCCUUUCACAUUGGUCCCCCCCCCUGCCGCCUUUGUAUUUUUCUUCUUGUGUCGAACAAAAUCCUGCUUUUGCAUGAAUAUUGCGUCCAUGUUCAUGUACAGCCAUGCUUUCGUGGUCUGUUCGUUUUUGUGUUGGAAACAAUUAAUAGAAUACUUAGAACUUUUCCGACGGUAUAUUUCUGUCAUUAUCAUUAAGAUGAAAAGAAUGUUGAACAUUUAGGAGAACGUACACUUGAGAAGUCUUUCAUGUUUAAAUGUCCGUCAUAGUUUAUUAUAGUAUGUUUUGGGUUUUGUUUUGUUUAACUUUUUUAUCUUCUUCCCUUUCUUUCAACAAUGCAACAAUAAUUAAAUCGAUCUCUUAAUUGAAAAUUUGCAAAAUAGUUACUUAAAACAUUUUUUGUAGAUUUGUUUGGUUGAUUUUGAUUUCAAAUUAAUCAUUAACACUUCAUUCCUUGACAAUUCAUCAUUAAGGACUGUUGUUUAUCUGGAAGGUUGUAAAUCUAGAGAACAGGUCUGCAUCGCUUCAGUUUGUUUCUGUCGGUUGCCAGCGAGUGUGUGCGUGGGUUGAGCCGGCAGUGAAGGACCCUCAUUGCGGAUGGUUAGACUCAUUAGGGCAAUUAACGAACACAUGGCGUGUUUCCCCGCCACUCCGAUGGUCAUGUGGCGGCAUUCACAGUAUGCCGCUUAUAUUGCUUCUCUAGUGAGGAGAGUUUCCCACAUCAAAAUAUUCUAUUUUUGAAUCCAUUCCUGUUGAUUUAUAAAGUACUCUUGGUUGUGAUUAGGGCAUUAUAACUGAUGCACGGUUUAUUAUUUUUGAUAUGUACAUUUUUGCAUUGACUAUGUGCAGUGGGACUCGACCCUUUUGAGAAAGGGUUGUAUUUAA